GAGUAUGCGGUACUGCUAGGGUGGGAAAAGCUUGUGAGUUGGGGGAAUUGUGAGAGUGGGUGAGCGAUAAAUACUUGUGUGGCCCGGCCUCUCUACCGUGUGAUUUAUAGAGCAACCAAUAAGCAAUGGGCUUCUUAUUUUAGACGUGCUGGGCCAGCUCUUCUUUUCCUCCUCCUGCCAUGGCAGGCUGGUCCCGUGAAGCAGUUCUGCUCCUUUAUCGCACUCUUCUGCGUCAAGGACACCAGCUGCAGUUAACAGAGCGAGAUUUCUAUGCUUCAUGUGUUCGACGGGAGUUCAGGAAACAUCAGUAUCUGACACGGCUGGAGGACAAGGAGAGGCAGCUGGAGAAAGGACAGUUCUUCCUUAGGACCAAGCUUGGUGGGCUGGUGUAA